UUUAUUUUCAAAUUUUUAAUAUUUAUGUUCUAUUUAGAAAAAAUAAACACCGCCCUUAAUUCUAAACCCAAAGUUUCGGGUUAGUUACCAUUUAAUAAAAAUUUUUUGGUCAUUUUCUUUAUUGUGAACUCUUUUUGUGAAAAUAAUUAAAAACGUUAUCCUAAAGAAUUAUUUUACCAGAACUGUAUAUCUUAUUAUAUUUUCUAAUUAUUUCUCACAGAAAUUCAGUGAAUUAGGGUUUUUCUAUUUUCGAGUGUAUGGAAAAUAGUUUUCUAUAGGUUAUCUUUUCAAACCAAUCAAAUGUUUUUUGCAGUUUGUAUCAUACAUACAUAUUAAUAUUUUUUACAAAGCAUUUUUUAGUGUUUAUAAGAAAAUUAGCACUCAAAGACGAAAAUUCUUAAAAUAACAUUUAUUUAUCAAUAAAAACAUUAAAUUAUCCUACAUCCUAAAUUACUCUGUAUUAGGAACAUCAUAAUCAUGUUUAAUUUAUUUUAAACUUAGUUAGUGGGUCAAUCAGUAAUGUAUUAAACUUACUCUGUAUUAGUAAAUCCAACCCGAUCCAACGCAUAAAACCCGAUCAAACGCAUAAAACACGAUCAAAUGCAACUCUUAUUUUCCCAAAUCGAUUUACUUAGGGUUCGUAAGAAAAGAAAUUGGGGAUUUCUAACACACACACACACACACAGAGAGAGAGAGAGAGAGAGAGAGAGAGAGAUGGAAUUGGGUGGAGGUUCAGACAAAACACGAUGGAGCAAGGGAGUGAAGGUAAAGUGCUCUGUUUAUGUGGGUUGUAUCUCAAGCUUGGACUAAAAAAAUUUUGGGUCGAAGGUUCUACAGUUGUGAUUCCGAAUAUGAUUGACUUUGUUGCUUUGACUGAAUCCUCUGAAAUCUUACUAUGACACAUGAAUUAACUCUUCAACAAAGUGACCCUCAAGACUUGACGUAUUUUCUCCACUGUCGAACCCUAAAGCCGAAUCAACUCUUCAAUAUUACGAAGGAAUAUAAAUCGACUCUCUCUCUCUCUCUCUCUCUCUCUCUCUCUCUCUCUAUGUUUCCCCCCAAGUCAAUUUUUUCUUAUGAACCCUAAAUAAAUUACAAUUUGGGCUAACAAAAAUGUUAUUUCAUACACAUAUCGUGUUUAAUGAGUCUGGUCAGAUCUCGCUUUAGUUAAUCAGGUUUAAGUUUAAUAAUUUAUGGAUUAAUUCUAUUUAUUAAAGUCAAAAUCAAUUAAACUUGAUUUUGAUGUUUCCACCGUAAAAUUAUUUACUUUGUAUAUAUGGUAUGGAGUGUGCCGGCUCUUGGGGUGUGCUCAAGGUGCACAUGCACAGGAUCCUUCAGUGUUGAAAAUUUUUGUUUAAGAAUUAGGGUCCUAAUUUGUUAAACAGCACAUAGAUUAGGGUCUUAAUUUGUAAAUUUAAAGAAAUACCAUUACAACUUUCGAGGAAAAAAAUAUGUCUGCACAAGGCCCAUAAUGUAUUUAAGCCGGUCUGGGUAUGGAUUAACAUAAAUCUAGUGUAAUUAUUGACAUAUUCUUAUAGUUGGGAUGUUUAAUGUUUUUCACCAUGUUACAGUAACUUGGUGUAACUGCCAGAUUCUUUUCCAAAGGAAAACAAAUUUGUUACAAGAAAUGAAACUGCUCCCGUAAUUAAAAUGAAUGUAUUGUACGUCAAGACCGGUAUAUUUCCAAUGAUUAGGUUCAAUAAAUAAAACUCAUCACAUGCCAUGUGAUUCAUUUGGUGGAAAAAAACGACUCGGAUAUUACUAUAAAUAGAGACAUACGUAAUCGAAUACGUAAUCUCCAACUACAAAAAGAAACGACAAACCAAACCCAUUAUGAAAACCAAACCUAAAAUUAUGAAAAAGACAAAACUAGCUACUCCAACCUAAAGUUAUGGAACUUACACAACUCAUAUACAGUUGUAUUUUACAUAACCAAAGUAAACGACAGAUGACUUUGUCAACUGUGAUAAGCUUCGAGAUAUAGCUAAACAAAUCUGGAUAGCGCCAACAAGACUGAGCGAUGUGUUAACAUCUUUCCUUUUUACUUUGUCAUGAAGUCUUUCAAUCACGCCGAAAACUUUCUCAAUGACGGAAGACCAUUUCAUCAUUAACAUUUUAUGUUGAUAUUAUCCACCAAAGAGAAGAUAGACUUUAUCAGAAAGAAGACAAGCUUAUAAGUCAGAAUCUUUAUUACUUAAUAGUCCAGCCACCGGCCACGUGCUUGUGCUUCUGCUGGUCCUUGCACAUAAUAAAGAAAAGUUUUUAAAGCUUCCCCUAACCAUCAGAUCUGAAUUUUCCAACUAAGAAAUAAAUUUAAAAAUCUUGAGACCACAGGAACAGUGAAUGUAUAUCUCACGUGUCUUAAGUCUCCUAACUAUAUAUCAUAUUCAGAUCCUAGAUCUCUCGAUGUAAUAGUAUCCUCAUAUCUGUCUCCCAUUCCUACACAAUAUGGAUGAAAAGCUAGUCAAGAAGAGAAGGAUAGUGUUGGUUCCAGUACCAGCACAAGGACAUGUCACUCCUAUUAUGCAACUUGGGAAAGCUCUUCACUCUAAAGGCUUCUCCAUCACCGUUAUUCAGACACAGUAUAAUCGAGUUAGCUCUUCCAAAGACUUCUCUGACUUUAACUUUCUCACCAUCCCUGGUAGCUUAACAGAUUCUGAUCUCAAAAACCUCGGACCAGUCCAAUUUUUGAUGAAGCUCAAUCAAGCCUGCGAGGCAAGCUUCAAGCAAUGUUUAGGUCAGAUAUUGAAGGAACAAGGUGACAAUGAUGAGAUUGCUUGUGUCAUCUACGAUGAGUACAUGUCUCUCUCAAAAGCUGCUGCUAAGGAGUUUCAACUUCCUAGUGUUGUCUUCAGUACUACAAGUGCUACUGCCUUUCUCUGCCGCUCUGUUAUUGCCAAAGUCAACGCAGAUAAGUUCUUGAUCGACAUGAAAGAUCUUGAACUGCAAGACAAGCUGUUUCCAGGGUUGCAUCCUUUAAGGUACAAGGACCUACCAACUUCUGCUUUUGGACCAAUAGAGAGUAUUCCACGUGUUUACAGUGAAACUGUUAACACUGGAACAGCUUCAGCUGUUAUCAUUAAUACAGCAAACUGUCUAGAGAGCUCUUCUUUGGCACGAUUGCAACGACAACUACAGGUUCCAGUAUAUCCUAUAGGCCCGCUUCACAUUGCAGCUUUUGCACCUUCUAGUUUGAUUGAAGAGGACAGAAGCUGCAUCGAGUGGUUGAACAUGCAGAAACCAACAUCAGUUAUAUACAUAAGCUUAGGAAGCUUAGCUUUGAUGGAAGCCAAAGACAUGUUAGAGAUGGCUUGGGGGUUGAGUAAUAGCAACCAACAUUUCUUGUGGGUGAUUCGACCCGGUUCUAUUCCUGCCUCGGAGUGGACAGAGUCCUUACCAGAGGAGUUCACCAAGCUGGUCUCAGAGAGAGGUUACAUUGUUAAAUGGGCCCCACAGAUGGAAGUUCUCAAACAUCCUGCAGUAGGAGGGUUUUGGAGUCACUGUGGAUGGAACUCGACAUUAGAGAGCAUUGGGGAAGGUGUUCCAAUGAUAUGUAGGCCUUUUACUGGUGAUCAGAAAGUCAAUGCUAGGUACUUGGAGAAUGUUUGGAGAAUUGGGGUUCAAUUAGAGGGAGAGCUUGAGAAAGAAGUUGUGGAGAGAGCUGUGAAGAGAUUGCUUGUGGAUGAAGAAGGAGCAUAUAUGAGGAAGAGAGCUAUUGAAUUGAAAGAGAAGCUUGAAUCCUCUGUUAGAAGUGGAGGUUCCUCAUGCAGCUCAUUAGACGACUUCAUCAAUUCCUUAAAGAUGAAGAGUUCCAUUUAGCAACAAAGUCAAAAGUGUAUUAGAAUAUACUUCUAACUUUUUUGGCAUUAUUUACCAAAAUAGCAUAGAAAAAGGGAUGUAAUUUCUAUAUGAAGUGUAAUGUUUUGGCAGUUUUCACUAAAUAAAAGACUUUCCUUAUUUGGAGACAAGCAUUUUGUCCGGGUUACUCUAAAUGAAAGGCUUGAGAUUCUCAACUACAGUUGCUGAGACCAACUAGUUCCAUCACUUGAACCCUUUAAGUAACUUCAAUUAUUGUCACUUUGUCACCACGGCAAACAGCUCAACAGUGUCUAAUAGGGCCAUUUUAGUUUCUGAGUAAGGCUGUAAAGACUUUGUAGGGGAAAUUAAAAGGUCUGUCAGAGUCAGUUGCUGCAUGUGUUCAUGUUCUCUGCUAAAUCUGCUCUUGAAUUGCUGAUGGCUAAAAGGCUAAAAAACAUUGUGGAAAUUAAAUGAGACAGAGCACUAAUGGCUAAAAGGCUAAAAGCCUAAAACUAUAACUCUUUGAAUCUUAAAUAAUAAUUAAAAACACACUGAACCCUUCUUGGCCAUAGAAAGGAAAAAAAAAACAUAAUGCAUUGGCUUUAUUGUUGGAAUGUCACUUUCUUCCGCUGGCUGGGAGUUUAUUGGUGUGUGACCCUCUUAACACGAUCAAAGAAUAUUUCUAAUGAAUGAGAAAAUUCCCACCAGAAUGAUUUGAUUCGAUCCAGUUAUUUAGAUAUUCAGUGAUUCGGAUAUCUAAUUUUUUUUAGUAUUAACCGGAUAUCCGAUUCGAUGUAAUAAAUAAAAUAAAAAUAAAUAAGAAAUCCAAUAUACAAAAAUAAGUCGGAAGUUUACAAAUAUCCAAUUUUUUUUUGGGAAUUUACAUGUUUACCAUUUUCAUGGUAUCAUUUUUCAUUUUUACCACCACUAAUGAGAUAUUUUCAAAAAUAAUUUCUUCAUUAAGUGAUAAAAGACUAUUAUGCCCUUGUUAUUUAUAUAUAUAAUAAAUUAUUAUUUAAAUAAAAAAUAAAAAAAACAAUUAAAAAAAUAAAACAAUUAAAAAAAAUGUAAACUUUUUUUAUUUUUCGAAAUAUACUUUUUCAAAUUCGAUUUUCUUUAUAAAAUUUUUUUUUGAAUUUUUUUUCGAUUAUUUUUUUUUCAAAUUUAUUUUUGAAAAACGAAAAUUAUGUUUGAAACUAAUUUUUUAAAUUUUUUAUAUAUUUUUUAAGUAUUUAUAUAUUUAUUAGAAUCAGGUUAGUGUAAACAUGAAAAGUGAUACUAUAAAUGUGGUAUUUGUGGCAAUUUUUCUUUUUAUUUGUUCAAAUCGAUAUAAAUAACAAAUCAAAUUAAAAUUUACAGAUAUUUUGUCCACCUCUACUAAAACUUAAACCAUGAUCCGAAUUGAAUAUGUAUUUUAUAAUUUUCGGGUAAAAUGCAUAGGUUUAUUUCUGACAAAGUUUAAACAAAUAUGUUAUUCAUGUAAUAAAUACCGGCGUAAUUCGACUUUCGCCAAAUCUCGUCUAGUCUUUUACUUAAUGGGCCGGUACAUAGGCAGCAAUAACUUUCCCUCCAGCCCAUCGUCUGUUUCCUUAUUUUCUUGUACCAAUCACGCUGGUUUCAUAUCGACGCAGGUCUGAGGUCUCGGUCGGACGAAACACAACCCCGAUGUCUCACUGAGUCCACUCGGUUGCUUCACAUUCCAAGCAUUAAUUUUCGUCUUCUCCUGAACCGCAAGAAAGCUUAUUCGAUCAUCCUCUUCUGGUUUCGUUUCUGAUCGUCAGUUUUUUAUGGGAGCACCCGUUAAAAACCCAAGUAGUGAUGGUGAGUGGACAGUGGUCUUACCUAGUAAAAGAAGACAAGGGAGGAGAAAACCAAAACCUAAGGUUCAUGAAGAAGAAGAGAAACCAUGGAAGUCAGAUGAUCUUGAAGUUGAUAUACAGAGGCAAGCGAGAUUAAAGAAGAAGAUGGAAAGCUCCAUCAAGAAACUCGAGAGCUCAAAAUUCUACACUGCUUUAAUAGAACAGCUCAAGUCUCCAGAAGUUUGAUAAGUAUCAAAAGACUUAUUUUCGCAAGAAGAAGGCGUCAGGAGGGAAACAGAGUGAGGCUGACGUGGAAGGGAACGUUGGAGUGGGAAUUUAAAUAAAAGAGAAGACCUUCUGUAUCUCACAGAGGCUUUGCAGUUAGAUGAAUUCAGCUUAUAAAUACUUGUCAAGUUCAUUUUAUCUUCUUCAUGCUUUGAUGUUAAUUGUAUCUGACGCCAUGAGUCAAUACUUUACAGUCGUUAUGAGACUGAUGACUUCUGCAAUUCUCGCCAUGAGAGUGUUGUAGAUUUCAUACUCAAAGUUGUGUUCCUUUUCUCAUUUCAAAUUUAUAAAGAAGUUUACAGAGUUCUCUA